AUAAGCAAACCAUUAGUUAUAGGUUGGCAAGUCAAGCCUCUGCAACUCCCCAGCUGCAUCAAUCAUGGCUUCCUUCUCCCAGUCAUUAACUCUUGGCUUCUUUCUUCUCCACUGGACGAUGAUGAACAUUCCUACAAUUGAAGCUUACUAUCGCCAUCAUCAAGUUCAUACUUAUUACCGUGGAGGUCCAUGGCAACUUGCUCAUGCCACCUUCUACGGCGACGAAACGGCGUCUGAAACAAUGGGAGGGGCUUGUGGAUAUGGAAACUUAUAUGAUAGUGGUUAUGGAACCCAGACAGCAGCCUUGAGCUCAGUAUUGUUUCAGAAUGGGUAUGGAUGUGGGACUUGUUUUCAGAUGAGGUGUGUUAAAUCGCCUCACUGUUACAAAGGCUCUCCGUUCACAACCGUCACUGCUACCAACCUUUGCCCACCUAACUGGGCUGAGAAUUCCAAUGCUGGUGGCUGGUGUAACCCACCAAGGACACACUUCGACAUGGCUAAGCCUGCUUUCAUGAAAAUUGCCGAUUGGCAUGCCGGCAUCAUCCCGGUCAUGUUCCGCCGAGUCCCAUGCAUGAGGAAGGGUGGAAUUAGAUUCCAAUUACAAGGAAAUGGGUACUGGUUAUUGGUGUAUGUGAUGAAUGUGGGAGGAGCAGGUGACAUAGUAAGCAUGGCAGUGAAAGGAAGCUCCACAAGAUGGAUAAGCAUGAGCCAUAACUGGGGAGCAUCAUACCAAGCAUUUCAAACUCUAAGUGGACAAACUCUCUCUUUCAAGGUCACCUCUCGGACCACAAGGCAGACUAUUUUUGCUUGGAACGUUGCCCCUAAAAACUGGUAUAUUGGAAUGACAUAUGAAGCUAGAGUCAAUUUCCGUUAAUACAUAUAAAAAAAAAAAAAUCUUCUUCUUCUCUCUUUUUAUGUUUUGGAAAGGAAAAAAAAUAUGUAUUAUGAAUCCCUUUUGAAGGUUUUCCCCUCUCAAUCACUCCCUUUUUUUUUUUUUUUUUAAUCCUCAAAUACUGUAAUUAGAAACCAUAUGAUGUAGCCUAUUACAUCAUAUGUUGCAUAGCUUAUGAGUUAUGAUUGAGUGAAGAAGAGAGACAAGAGAGGUUGUAUUUUGAUAUUUUUGAAUCUCAUCUUGUUAUAAAUAUAAAACCUGGCCUCCUCCU